CAGAGGGAUGAAGCUGUUCAGAUCGCUCUGAGGUUUGACUCAUUUGGUCGCCGCUGUAAGCCUGUGGUAAUGACACCCAUGGUGCAUCUGUUGUUGCUCCCAUUCCUGCUCAGCAUUGCUGCAGGGAUGGACCUGGAGGAGCUGAAGGGCCCUUUUGUGGACAUUUCAUUAGAUGUGAACGAGGCAACGGCAGUGCCCCAUCCGGUGCAUCAGUUUCAGGUCCCUGCAGGUGUUACUAGUUUCAAGAUGAGCGGAGAAGGCUUGGACAUCUUUAAAAUGUCCAACGACGGCUGGCUUUACCUGGAGAAACCUCUCGACUGGUCUAAGGGCACCCACUACACGUUCACCGUGGAGGCAAUGGGAGAUGAGGAUGUAGUGGCUGGCCCAGUAACUGUGACCAUAAAUGUUUUGGACGUAAACAACAACGCUCCACGGUUCAAUCAGGAGGUCUACACAGCUGUGAUUCGGGAGAGGAGAAAACCAGAUGUCCCCUUCGUCCAAGUGUCUGCAACCGACCAGGACGACCCCACAACUCCAAACGCUCGUCUGCGCUACAGCCUGCACAGCCAGUUCCCCAACAGCAACAACAUCUUCCUGUUCCAGAUCGACCCCGAAACCGGAGAGAUCUCCACCAAUAAAGAGGGAGAAGAAAUGCUGAAGGCCAAACCAGGAAUCCAGUUUUCCAGGGGAGAAGAGCGGAGCAUCGAUUCACUGGAACGAAAGUUUAACGACUACUGUCCAGGACAGAAGAUCCCAUAUGAACAAAAUCCAUUCUUCAGCUGCGUAGCGACACAAGAGAUGAAGAGGCGUAACUUGGACCCUCUGGAGGAUCCCGACUACGUCCUGUUUGUCCGUGUUCAGGAUCUGGACGGAGCCACAGAGACGGGUCUGAGUUCAAUUGCCAAAGUUUACAUUAUUGUGCAGCCCAACCUGUGGGUCAACCCUGGACCAUUAAGUAUUGAGGAGAACUUAAAAGGAGAUUAUCCUCGUGUUAUUGCUAAGGUCCAGUCUAAUGACCCUGAUGCGGGCUACUCGUUAGUGCAGAAGGAGCGAGAACUCAGGUUCCCUUUCCAGAUUAAAGAAAAUGGAGAAAUACUUCUGACAGAGGAGCUGGACAGAGAGCAGAAAGACAUGUACAUUUUAGUUGUAUUUGCAAAAGACUCCAAUGACAUUGAGGUGGACCCACCCAUGGAGAUUCAAGUUCUGGUGAAGGACGUGAAUGACAAUGAGCCUGUGUGUAAAGAAGAGGAAACUGAAAUGGAGAUCCAGGAGAAUGAGCCAAUAGGCAGCGAAGUGGGAAGGCUUGUGGCCCACGACAACGACCAACCAGAAACUAUAAAUUCUUUACUGACUUACACUAUCAUCUCUCAAGAUCCAUCCAGCUCACCUGACAGCUUCUCUAUCGACCAAACCAAUGGAAGAAUCCAGGCGUUGCGCUUGCUUCAGCGUAGAGAACAGAAUAUUUACAACUUAGACGUCAAAGUCAGCGACUCAGAAUUGAGCACCAUCUGCAAGGUGAUCAUCAAGGUUAUCGGCGUGAACAACGAGGAGCCCGUGUUUGAGAAGAACUAUUACGGAAACCACAGUCUGGCGGAGGACGCUGAGGUGGGCACCACGGUGCUGACCAUCAAAGCCACAGACACAGACGAGCCCGACACUGGCAGCUCCUACAUCAUGUUCGACAUCUCCAACGGAAACGACGGAGACGUCUUCAGUGUGGAAACUGACGGCAAAGGAGUUGGCUAUGUCGUCAUUGCAAAGCCUCUGGACUUCGAGUCCCAUUCCACCUUUGACCUCCAGAUCGAUGCUCGUAACACAGAGCCGCUGAGGAAAGGUGUGGAAUACACCAGCAAAUCCACCGCCACCCUGACCGUGACCGUCAACGAUGUGGAUGAGGCCCCAGAGUUCAUGAUGAACUUCAUGGAUGUCGUCGUACCAGAAAACUUCACAAAGGGAUCAGUGCUGUUGAAAAUAAACGCAAAAGACCCAGAAGGGAAAGAGAUCAGCUUUAAGCUGGACGGCGAUGAUAAGGGCUGGCUGGAGAUCAAUCCUGCCACUGGAGAGAUCAAGACCAAAACCAAGAUGGACAGAGAGACAAUGGAGACCUUUGUUGUCACUGUCACGGCCUUCGAGAAGAACAAUCCUGCCCAGUCCUCUGAGCGCGCCGUCCACGUCCGGCUGCUGGAUGUCAACGACAACGUUCCCAAACUAACAAAGAACGAUGACUUCAUCUGCAUGCAGAACAUCAAACCCCUCAUCAUCGAGGCUAACGACGGUGAUGCAGACCCCUUCUCUGGUCCUUUUGAUUUCGUCUUGACAAAGAAAUCCCCCAACUGGAAGUUGACGAAACGUGAUGAUUCCUCCGCUCAGCUGCAGUUGACCAAAAAACCCCUGAAGGAGGGAACGUACUCUCUUCAGAUCACCGUUAAAGACAGAGCAGGGAUGGGCAUCCCAAACGCUUUUGAGGUGAAAAUAUGCAACUGUACAACCUUCGGCUACUGCUACACCCCACCACACGGAAAGAGCUUCAAACCUCCGAUGGGAGUCACCAUCGGGAUCUUAGUCGGCGUUCUGGGAUUUUGUGCUGUCAUCUUCAUCAUAGCGGUAAAGCGCUCAAGUAGAAACAACAACAAUCAACCAGAGGACGGGGAGCGGAAACCCAUGAUGUAGAGACAAGAGUAUAUGUUUUAUUUAUAUACAGAAAGUAUCACAAAUUAUCUUAGAGGAGUUUUGCAAGCCGUACAACAUACACACAACCCGUUUUCUCUUCCCUAACCUGCCUGAAAACUGUGAGCAUGCAUCUUGUUUUCGUCUUCCUGUGAGACGGUUUAGUCUUUAUUGUUUGGGUGUUUCACUAAGUGAGAUGUGAUUUAACAUCCAGUUCAUCCAUAUUUAUUUUCGAUAAGCAUCCUUGCUGGUAAGUAAACUAAGAGAAUUACAUAUAGAAAUGUAAGAAAAUCCCUUUAUUCACUUUCAAGUUUUCUGAUUUAUUUUAGUUUAUUUUCAUGCAAACGUUUUAUGAGUGGAGUCUGAUUAUUAGGUGCAGUGCAGACUAAAGUCACUCUGGCCAGCUGAGCGUUCUCACAGCUUGUUGACUUAAUGUAUUAAAAUGGCUUUCUCAGAGCGCCUCAUUAGCAGUUUCAUCGUUUCAAAUGAUUUAAUAUGUUUUUUUUUUCCUCCCAGGCCCAGCGUCUGUUGGUGUUAAGUAACAUGCAAAUGAACAGUUUUUGGAUUGUUUUUGUAAAGUGCAGCUUCCCAAUAAACAGAAACCUGGGAUCUA